GUAGUUCCUUCUCGGCGUUUCUGCGGAGGGAUCUACCUGGCGCGGCCCCGCCGGUUGCUAUAUAAAGAGGCGCCGGGCGUGGCGCAGGCAGUUCCGUGCAGAUCCAGAGUUCUGUUUCCGUAGUCCUCUGUGUGUUGCUGCCGCCGUCACUUGACAAUGCAGAUCUUCGUGAAGACCUUGACCGGUAAGACCAUCACUCUUGAGGUCGAGCCCAGUGACACCAUCGAGAACGUCAAGGCCAAGAUCCAGGACAAGGAGGGCAUCCCCCCUGACCAGCAGCGGCUGAUCUUCGCCGGCAAGCAGCUGGAAGACGGGCGCACCCUGUCCGACUACAACAUCCAGAAGGAGUCCACCCUGCACCUGGUCCUGCGCCUCCGAGGGGGGAUGCAGAUCUUCGUGAAGACCUUGACCGGCAAGACCAUCACCCUUGAGGUCGAGCCCAGUGACACCAUCGAGAAUGUCAAGGCCAAGAUCCAGGACAAGGAGGGCAUCCCCCCUGACCAGCAGCGGCUGAUCUUCGCCGGCAAGCAGCUGGAAGACGGGCGCACCCUGUCCGACUACAACAUCCAGAAGGAGUCCACCCUGCACCUGGUCCUGCGCCUCCGAGGGGGGAUGCAGAUCUUCGUGAAGACCUUGACCGGUAAGACCAUCACUCUUGAGGUCGAGCCCAGUGACACCAUCGAGAACGUCAAGGCCAAGAUCCAGGACAAGGAGGGCAUCCCCCCUGACCAGCAGCGGCUGAUCUUCGCCGGCAAGCAGCUGGAAGACGGGCGCACCUUGUCCGACUACAACAUCCAGAAGGAGUCCACCCUGCACCUGGUCCUGCGCCUCCGAGGGGGGAUGCAGAUCUUCGUGAAGACCUUGACCGGUAAGACCAUCACUCUUGAGGUCGAGCCCAGUGACACCAUCGAGAACGUCAAGGCCAAGAUCCAGGACAAGGAGGGCAUCCCCCCAGACCAGCAGCGGCUGAUCUUCGCCGGCAAGCAGCUGGAAGACGGGCGCACCCUGUCCGACUACAACAUCCAGAAGGAGUCCACCCUGCACCUGGUCCUGCGCCUCCGAGGGGGGAUGCAGAUCUUCGUGAAGACCUUGACCGGUAAGACCAUCACUCUUGAGGUCGAGCCCAGUGACACCAUCGAGAACGUCAAGGCCAAGAUCCAGGACAAGGAGGGCAUCCCCCCAGACCAGCAGCGGCUGAUCUUCGCUGGCAAGCAGCUGGAAGAUGGGCGCACCCUGUCCGACUACAACAUCCAGAAGGAGUCCACCCUGCACCUGGUCCUGCGCCUCCGAGGGGGGAUGCAGAUCUUCGUGAAGACCUUGACCGGUAAGACCAUCACUCUUGAGGUUGAGCCCAGUGACACCAUCGAGAACGUCAAGGCCAAGAUCCAGGACAAGGAGGGCAUCCCCCCUGACCAGCAGCGGCUGAUCUUCGCCGGCAAGCAGCUGGAAGAUGGGCGCACCCUGUCCGACUACAACAUCCAGAAGGAGUCCACCCUGCACCUGGUCCUGCGCCUCCGAGGGGGGAUGCAGAUCUUCGUGAAGACCUUGACCGGCAAGACCAUCACCCUGGAGGUCGAGCCCAGUGACACCAUCGAGAACGUCAAGGCCAAGAUCCAAGACAAGGAGGGUAUCCCCCCAGACCAGCAGCGGCUGAUCUUCGCUGGCAAGCAGCUGGAAGACGGGCGCACCCUGUCCGACUACAACAUCCAGAAGGAGUCCACCCUGCACCUGGUCCUGCGCUUGAGGGGGGGUUUCUAAGUUUCCCCUUUGAAGCUUUCAACACGUUUAAUUGCACUUUGUUUCAAUAAAGUUGUUGCAUUCCAA